UCUUCUUCCCGCUGCAGCCCGAGAGGAAAAAAGAAAGGGGAACCCAGCCAUGCCUUUGAGAAACCGGUGGGAUAAGCUUGGUUUUCUCCUUCCUUUCUUGCUCUAGAACACACCUAGAACCCAGAAAUCUUCCCCCGCUGCUGGAAAAGCCGGAUCUGCCCUGCUCUGCUUUGUCCUUCCGCCAGCUGCUCUUGAUUGUGGGUGAUUUCUGAGCAUUUUUUCGCUUGCUGCCGGCCUUUUUCCCCCCUGCAGCUCCAGUUUUGCUUGCUGGAUUUAUGGUAUGUGGUAGCUUCUCUAAAUCCUAAUUUAACCCUUUAAUUGUUGAAUUUUGUCCAUGGAUUGGCUGCCCUUGUGAUGUCCGAAAGUUUGCAGAAAUUGGGGAUGAAAUUGAUAGUAAUUAGACCAUGAUUUAGCUUGAUUCAAGUGGAAUUUAUAUGAUUGAGUGUUAAUGGACUGCUAUGUGAUUUUUGGAGAAAAUCUCGUGAGAUUAGCUAGUGUUUUGGUCAAUUUGUGGAAGUGGAGUUACUGUUCACGUCAGGGUACUGUUCACGGGUACUGUUCACCGACACUGUUCACACACAGAUGGCCAACAAUUAACGGAAAUUUAAAUGAUUAGUUUGUGGUAUGAGAACGAAUUUGGAGAUGUCUGAUCAUGUGGAAAGUGAUGGAAAUAGCAUUGUGAUUAGAAAUGAUCCUAAUGAUGAUUUCAGCUUGAAUUUGUGAUAAUCCGGUAUUAAUUCUGAGGUGUUUUGAUUAGGUUCCAGAUCGUUCUGUCAAUUAGUGCGUGAAUUGAGUGCUCGGUUUUAUGCUAGUGAGGUAAGUAAAUUCAUGGUAAUGCCCGUACUGUUUUAAAAGCAUGUUUUGAUUUGUUUUUGAAGUGGUGGCGGGACUAAACCCGUUUUACACGAGCAUGACUGAUUUGAAGUGAAAUGUUUUAUGCUUUUCAUUAAAUUGAGCAUGCCUACUUGAAAUUUAAGUGACUGUCCUGAUGAUCUGAAAGUGAUUGUGAAUCUUGAUUUUCCUGUUAACUUCUGCCUGUUUUGUCUC